CUCCGGUCUAUCCCAUUUGUCAACAAGCUUCUCCCUCCCGUGGACGAAAAGGCGUUGCUCAUCAACAAGUUGCUAGUCCAACAGAGAGAUGCCACCAACUACACAGAGUGGUACGAAAUCUCGCUCGAGCUUGACGAACUCAUGAAUCACAACUCGUGGAAACUGAAUCCACAGUCACACUUGUAUGACUACGACCUCAUCUUUAACAAUUUGAACGAAAUGCGGAGUGCACGUCUUGCCAAAGACUACAAGUUGCUCUUGUACUACAUUCGCACGAAAUGGAUUCGGAACUUGGGAAACAUGGGAAACAUCAAUUUGUACCGACAUUCGCUUGUCGGCACCAAGAAACUUAUUGAGGAAUAUAUAGACGAAUGCCAACUCUCGCUUGACUACUUGAUUCACGAUCCAGACGUUAACUUGGACGAUCGGUAUCUUCUAGGAAUGCUUAUUCAAACUCGUAAGAAUAUCGGCAGAACGGCUCUUGUCCUCUCGGGAGGAAGUACUUUUGGCAUUUUUCAUAUAGGGGUAUUAGCAACGUUGUUUGAAGCGAACUUGCUACCUCGAAUCAUCUCUGGAUCAUCGGCUGGUUCCAUUGUAGCAAGCAUAUUGUGUUGCCACAGUAAUGAAGAUACUUUUGAAUUGCUUCGUACUAUCACAGAGAGAGACUUCAACAUCUUCAGUGAUGAUGAGUCGCCUAACUACAAGAGUCGCAGCAAUUUUGGCAAGCUUCUCGACAGCUUUGCCCAUUUUAUCAAGUACGGAACGCUUUACGACAUGACGGGUCUCAAGCAGACCAUGAUAGGCUUCUUGGGAGAUUUGACUUUCAGAGAAGCAUACAAUAGAACCGGUAAGAUUCUUAACAUUACCGUUUCUCCGGCUUCCAUUCACGAGCUGACAAGACUCUUGAACUACUUGACAGCACCCAACUGUUUGGUUUGGUCUGCUGUCUGUGCCAGUUGCUCACUUCCAGGAGUGUUUCCAUCCACAACGAUCUACGAAAAGAACCCCAAGAACAACGAGAUUCAUGAAUGGAACAACGAUGCAGCCAUGAAGUACGUCGACGGCUCUGUGGACAACGAUUUGCCCAUCACUAGAUUGCUGGAGAUGUUUAACGUCGAUCAUAUCAUUGCUGUUCAAGUAAACCCACACGUAGUACCGGUACUUAAAGUAUCUGUCAGUAAUGUAGGAGGAGAAAUCGAGAACGAAUUAAGUUAUCGUUUCAAGCAUCUCUUGAACAACGUCUACGAUUUUGUAUCUUGUGAAAUUAUCCACUAUCUCCAGAUUUUGAACGUGGUAGAUGUCUACAAAAAUUUGUCAAAUAAGUUAAUCUCCGUCUUGUCUCAGAACUACUCUGGUGAUAUCACGAUUCUUCCCGACUUCAAGAUUCAAGAUUUCGCCAAAAUAUUUGAGAAUCCGACUCCGGAAUUCCUUCUUGAUUUCAUCACUAGAGGCGCCAGGGCAUCAUGGCCCAAAGUAACUCUUAUUCAUAACCAUUGUGGAGUAGAGUUUGCUUUGGAUAAGGCUAUAAGCCUUUUGCGUGGACGUCUCAUCACGUCUGCCAACAAUAUCAUUACGUUUAAAGAGUCUUCGAGAAGCAAAAAUCCCGCAAAGAAUCUAGAGAAGUCUGAUUUCACAUUGGUCAGUUCGCCAGUUUUGAAUUCGGAUACCUCAACUCUUAAUCCUCCAAAUAAAGUGUAUGAAAGCAUUGGUGCUCCUAUUAUUAGGAGACAUAAUUCAUCGACUUCAUAUCCUACGAAGAAAGCGAUUAUGAGACCCAAGCGAAAAUCUAUAAGCUCGCAGAGCCCCAGAUCUGUGCUACUAGCAAAGAAGAAGUUACCAAAGGGUAAAUCAACAACUUCAUUGGCUGCUUUGUCGGGAGAUUACCAUAAUAGAAAUGGAUCCAACGAGUCGACUCUCAUUAACGAUGAGUCGGAAGACAACGAAACCUUUACAACUCUCCAGGAACAACGUAACAUCCGGAAGGCCAGAAGUUCAGGUAACUUUCACAACUCUGAAGCAUUAUUUGUGCUUGAUCAAGGAAGUGCUCCUUCUUCGCCUGCUCACGAGAAAGUACUCAAGUAUCAGAGUGAUCGAGUACCUUCCUACUUCAAUAACCCGUACCUUGACACUAAUGUCAAGACAUUGAGCUUCGAACUAGACACUUUGAAUGUAGAGGAGAAAGCGAAAGCAAACUUGCCUCGUAUUUCUCGUCCUAGUUCAAAGAGAAACUCCUACAUUGGCUUGAAUAGACUCAAAGAUCCCUACCUUUCCCGUUCUAACAACAACUCCCAUUAUAACUUGAAAGAUAGUGUAAGCAGCCAGGAGCUACUCAGCUCCGAUGUCAGAAGAGGAUUGAUGAAAGCGUCAGGUAAGAAUUUGAUAGAUGCGGAAUUGAUAAGUGCAGAUAGUGAAAUUACCAUCGAGAACGAACAAGAAGUAGAGCAGCACGCUAGCACAGAAGGCGAGGAGUUUUUGGGUGAUGACGAAGCCAGCAAUGCCAUCGACGAUAACAUUGAUGAUAAUGUAGAUGAC